GCACGGGAGACUGAAAGACGACCGACGUUGAGCUUCUCGAGGUCGUCUUUGGUCCACGAUGGCGAGUCAGUCUCAGGGCAUCCAGCAGCUGCUGCAGGCCGAGAAGAGAGCCGCGGAGAAGGUGGCCGAAGCCCGCAAACGUAAAAACCGGCGUCUGAAGCAAGCCAAAGAAGAAGCUCAAGCUGAGAUUGAACAAUACCGACUGCAGAGGGACAAAGAGUUUAAAACCAAAGAGGCGGCGGCACUGGGUUCCCACGGCAACAGCGCGGUGGAGGUGGACCGCGACACGGCCGAGCGCAUGGGUCGCAUCCAGGCCAGUUACCGUGGCAACCGGGACGUGGUGCUGGGUGACCUCCUGCGCCGCGUGUGCGACAUCCAGCCCGAGUUUCACGCAAACUAUCGUGUGGCUGGCUAACUGGCUAGCGUUAGCAUUGCUAGUGUAGCGCUACUUCCUGUGUUUGUUGUUGUUUGGAAAUGUAGAAAUUGUGUUCAUUUUGGUUGUAUUUCCUGAACGUGUCCUAUUAAGUUAUUCUUCUUUUAGUCUCUGCUGUCCUCUGAUUGGCAGCUGAGUGGAGGCUUUUCUUUUGAAACUUCUCCCCAGCUGAGUGUGACUUCCUGUUUGUGUUAGUGGUGCUGAUGUUGAUAAAUGUCUAUAAAUAUGAA